AUGACAGUGCACUCGGUGCACUCGGUGCACUCGCGCUUGCUGGGGAAACCUAUGGACACUGACACUCGAACCUUCGAGGUAGACGACCAGCGAAAUGGGCCAGGCAAGAGAUCUGAGCUGCUUGCCAGCCUCCUCAGAGGUCUUUUGCUGGUGGCAGUUGUACUGUUUGGCUGCGCCAACAACAUCUCCAAGCAAAUUGCCUCCAAGCCCCUCAGGCGUUACACCUACAUGCUGGGAUUGUCAACUGCCGUCGCCUACGUUCCGUUGUAUUGGCUUAUCCUUUCGCUGCUGGUUCGGUCGGGCGUUGCCCCCCGCUUUCAGUUGAAAUGGGUUUGGCAGCGGAACAAUGCCAACGUGCCGGUAGCUCUUCUCUUGGUCAUCGCAGCCUUGGGCGACUCCAUGGGAGAUGUCAUUGGCGCAAUCUGUACACCCCAUGUCUCUGGGCCUGUUCACAGCCUCCUCUCAAAUUGCACACCCAUCUUCAUCGCGUCUCUGUCCAUGUGCCUGCUACAUCAGCGCUACUCGCUGUGGCAGUCUCUUGCGCUGAUCGGGGUCCUUGUGGCUGUGGUCAUCGGUGUCUUGCCCUCCUUCCAUUCCGGCAAUACGAGCCCUUUCUUUGCAGUUGUUCUGGGAGGUAGCUGCAUUUUCAAUGCUGUCGCAUUUGUUGUGAAGGAGCUGAUCUUCAGCCGUUAUCAGGCCUGGGCCACCGGUGAAGACCAGGUCGGUGGUCUGAACAUUUUCGUGGUCAACGCGCACGAGGCCCUUUUCCAGCUGCCUCUGACCUUGCUGUUGAUUCCUCUGAAUCAGAUGCUGAAGCAGACCAACGGAGAAGACAUUGGCACUUACUUGAAGGAGGCAAUGCUGUGUGUCUUCCAGGGACAUUGUGAUGAGCAUGGUGACGUGGCCGGGACGUGCGUGGCUGUCUAUGUAGUCUUCAAUGUUGUCUGGAACAUGACGGUGCUGCUCUCUGUGAAGCACACUGGGGCCUUGGCCACCUUCAUUGCCCUCAAGGCAAUCUUCCCGGUGUCGACCGUCCUCUUCGCUUACAUCGAUUGGCCCUUAUUGGGCGAGACCGAGCUGUCCAGCCUGGUGUGGCUUUCCAUCGUGCUGCUGCUUCCAAGCAUCGCUUUCUACCAAUGGUCCUCGCGGGAACAGGCGAAGCGCGUGGCAGAGCACCCGUCUCUUGCCAGCUGCUGCUGGCCGCUCUGUAGAGGCCACCGAGACACGCUGCUGGGCUCCUGA